CAUGAAUACAUGAUCGCGCCGCGCGUAGAACCCUAGCGUUGCCUGCGCUCCAACGAUGGUUUGAUGAUUCUCGGGAUGCAUUCAAUGCUUUGAAGGAAACAAUGCUAUCAGAUUACUCGGAAAGAAUAAACAAGUUGAUUAGGAUGCCGACGAAGGCUGGUGAUAAUUUCCGGUGGCCUUUUACUCCAGCACAAACUUAUCUAGGAAGAAACUGUUACUGCAAUCGAUUCCGAUGCGGCGAGAAUUUUGCAGUUCUCAAAGUUCGUGUUCACAAAUGCAGGAUUAUUGGAACUUGUUCUGCCUGGGAUUGAUUCAUGUCCUGCCUGGCCUGAAUAAUGAGCUCAUAACUCGACAAUUUGAUGGUUGUGCUAGUUUGGGGGACUCAAGGAACUGGUGCUAAUUUACAGAUGAUAUUCCUAUCCAAUGAUCCACCGAAGGAUCUAGAUUCUCGUCACCACAGAAAGCUCAUUCUGCUUUCAGUGCUUGUGUUCCGUCCUUUGCUUGUGGGCUUCGCAUACUUUUGGUGGAUAAUGAUACCUCAUCUCUUCCGAUGGUCGCAUCCAUGCUUGGGCAGCUCACAUUCAAGGUCACCACCGCCGAAACGGCAUCCACUGCUUUGGCCAUGAUUCGAGAUGAAAAGGAGAGAUCAUUCGACCUUGUCAUUGCUGAUGUUUACAUGAAGGAUAUGAUCUUCCUAAAAUUUAUGGGCAUGGUGCUUAAAAGGGACAUUCCUGUAAUAGUGAUGACCUCUAGUGCAUGCGUUGAUGUUGCUCAAAAAAUGCUAGCUAAGGGAGCAUCCUUUUGUUGCGAGAAACCGAUUUCUUCGGGUGAUCUAAGGUAUGUGUGGCAGCAUGUUUACAGGAGAAGAAGUAAUCCAAUGUUGAGAUUGAGCUGUAGUAGUCAAGGAUCAAAUAGUAGAAAAGAAGCAGAGAUGAACUUUGGAAACAAACAACAAGGUAUAGAGAUCCAUGAGCCUAGUUUUUCAUCUAAUGCUACACCUAGAAAUAAUUUGCCUGCAAUAAUCACUGAUAAAAACUUGACCAACAUUCAAUUUCGGGACAUAGCUUUGUUUGCUGCUAGCGAUCAACAAGUUAUAGCUGCUGACCCUAAGGGAAAGAAGAAGCUAUCUGAAUUAGAAGCCCUGGAGCAUGACAUUGACCCCAGAAAUAAAAAUAAGCAAUUUGAAGCAGAAACAUACCUUGGACCCAACGUAUGCUCUACCAAUGGACAGCUGAAGUCAUGUAGUCAGGGAGAAGGGUUCAUGAGAAGGAGACCAAUUGCUGACCAAGAAAGCCGAAACAAAGGCAGACAAAUUCAUUCCAUGCUUGAAGUUUCAAAUCAUGAGGAUGAAGAGGAUCAAUUGAAAGACCAGAGAGGUAACACCUCCAAAAAAAGGAAACGGGCCGUUUGGACUCGGGAACUGCACUUAAAAUUUACAACAGCACUGAGUCUGCUGGGUGAUAAAAAAGCUACUCCAAAAGCAAUACUAAGGUUGAUGAAGGUUCCUGAAUUUAAUCAACGCCAAGUUGCCAGUCAUCUUCAGAAAUACAAAGCACAGGUGCAGCGAAUAUAUGAGGCUAGCACCACCACCUUACAGUCAGCAUGUGAAUUAAAAACUGGAGUUCGAGAAGUGAGUGCAGAGAAGAACAAUUCACUAGCGAAAGAGCAAAGCCAGAGAGGUUUGGAAGUUGGAGGUGCUAAAACACAUCCAUCACAGGAACUAUUUGGAUAUAACUCCAGGUUUCCAGAGGGAACACUCAGUUUUAAUGAAAGGUUGAAGUUAGCUAGUUCCUACAUCAAUGCACAAAAUCAAAACCAACUAUUAUUUCCGAUUCAAGGGCAAAAUACUAUGCUGGGAAGAAAUCUCACCAUUGCAGACAAAUAUCCGAGAAACCUCCCUGAGGUGAACAAGGAAUUACAAACUAUUGAAACUUCUGCUCCACCAGCAUUAGACGAAAAUGAGGAGAUGAGUUAUUUUGCUGAUAUCUUGAAAGCGCUGGAGGAAGAUACGCUGGAGGAAGAUAUGAACAAAACUGCAAACUUAGCAGGUCAACCAGAUGCAUGUGACAUUGAUAAAUUCUGUGAAUGGCUGGAGAAAGAUACACCUUGAAAAGUUCAGAUGCUGAUAGUACUCCUGUGGUGAGUGCCAUUUUGGGAAACUGAGGUAAAAUUACCCCACCCCUUGUUUUAUUUGAGAAUUAUGAAUAAUUUUGGAACUCUAUGAACCAUAAUAUGUUGUGAUACAUCCAAUGCUCACAACUUCCCCCUUUUUUUUUUAAUAAAUAAUGAUUAGAAGUGUUCUUAGUCC